AUGUGCACCCCCACCCCCCCCGUGGGGAGGGGGGACCAGGACGCCUGGUUCCCAGGGUGUGGGCACUGGAAGAGCCAGAUACCUGCUUCCCUACGGAGCUGUCAGACCUGUUCUCUUUCCUCCUUUUUCUCCUCCCACUUCCCCCCCCACCCCGCAUCCGGGCUCCUGCAGGGGGGCGGCCCCUCCCUCCUCCCCCGACACCUGUCCCGUGGGCAGAGGCCAGGGUUCUGGGAACAAGGAGAGGCCUGCGAGGAGACAAAGCGGCAGCCCCCGGAGCCUGGGCCGAAGGCAGUCCCAGAGAAGAGAGACAUGGGAAUUCCAACGAGCCCCGAGGAUGGGAGCCAGGAGGGGUCCGAGCGUCCUGAGGGCCAAGCCGAAGUCGGGGAGACCGGCGAGCAAGAAGUCUCCGAGGCCCCCAGCGCAGCCUGCCGGGAAGAAGAGGAGGAUGAAGAGGGGAGCAGUACGGAGAGCGGUCGGGAUCAGGGCGAAGCCCAGCCCUCUGUGCCGCCCCCUGUAGAGGGGCCACGAGGCGCAGCCCGUCGUCUAAGGGGGCAGCAGCUGGAGGCGCUGACUCGGGUGGCCCUCAUGGAGCAGCGGGUCAAGGAGCUCCAGCAGCAAAGGAAGGAGCUGAGAAUCGAGAUGGAGGUAGAGGUGGCUUUGCUCCGAGGGGAGCUGGCUGGUGAGCGAGUGGCUGCCCGGAGGGAAGAGGAGCAGCUUCGGGAGCUUCAGAGACAGCAGGAGGCAGCUGAGCAGAAGGCGGGGGAGCAGAGGGAACAGGAGCAGCAGCGUCUUAGGGAGGCCCGGGCCCAGGUGGAGGGCCUUCGACUGAAGCUGGAGGAGGCUCAGGACAAAUUGGACUCCAAGCCUGAGGGUGACAGGGAGGAGCUGUUGAAGGGGGUCCAGGAGGUCUCUGAGCAGUUGGAAGCUGCCCAGCGUUCCUAUGAGGAUCUAGAGUUCCAGCAGCUGGAGAAGGAGAGUAGCUGUGAAGAGGAAGUGGAUGGGUCAGGGCACCAGGGGCUGGGCCCCAAGAUCCAAGAGCUGCAGGGGAGCCUGGCCCAGCACAGGCGUCGAAUCCAGGUCCUAGAGGAACAGCUGGGGUCGCUCGGGGAACAGAUGGCAGCUGAAAGCCGUGGCCUGAGCCGAAAGAAGGAAGAGGCGUUGCAGGCCUUAAGCCAGGAGCGGAACAGGCUUCUAGAACUAAGCCACCUGCAAGGGACCCAAGGUAGAGAUGACAGUUUCUCUGAGCAGAGCCAGGCCCUAACCAAGCUCCUGUUCACUCAGAAGACAAAUCGCCAGCUCCUGGUCCUACAGAAUUCCUCCACCCCAGCAUCAACCUCGGCCUCCUCCUGCCUCUUCUCUGUGCACAGCUCACUCCAGGGCUCCUUUGGGCUCCAGAGGACAGGCAGUUUGCCUAGGAGAAAGGGAGACCGGGCCCGACAGAGGGGCUCUACACGACCCCUGUCCCUGCACUGCAGCCGGCCCCUGGAGGCCUCUGCUGUGCAGCCCCCUCCAGGCAAUCCCCAGAGACAUGCCCUGUACCAGCUGCUGAACUGUAGCCCGGGAACCAGCUGUGGAGUGCCCCAUCCUGAUAUCAUCCGAAUGGAGAAGCUGCUCCAACAGGCCGUGGCAGAACGGGAAAGGCUGCUGCAGGCCCGGCAGGGAACCAAGAGGAGCAAAGAGGAAGCCAGAGCUACUCCAGCCAUCAUGGCCCCACCAGCACCCCUGCCCCCGCCACUGCCACCCCGACCUCCAGGCCCCCGGGUUCUGGACUUGUACCAGCACCUGGAGCGCUGGGGCCACAGCCCCGAAAGCUGCCCUCAUGUUCGAGUGACCAGCGGCUGCUGCCGGGGGCCACUGGUGAAGGUGGGGGGCCGGAUCAAGACUUGGAGGAAGCGGUGGUUCUGCUUUGACCGCCAUGCCCGCCGGCUGGCCUACUAUGCUGACAAAGAAGAGACCAAACUCAAAGGAGUCAUCUACUUCCAAGCCAUAGAAGAAGUGUAUUAUGACCACCUGCGAUGUGCCUUCAAGAGCCCCAGCCCCCGCCUGACAUUCUGCGUCAAGACCUACGAGCGCCUCUUCUACAUGGUGGCCCCCAGCCCAGAGGCCAUGCGCAUUUGGAUGGAUGUCAUUGUGACCGCUGCAGAUGAGAACCACGCCCCCUGAUCCAGGGCCGCUCAGGUCCCCCCAAAACCCCACCCCUUCCGAACUUGCCCCAACAGCGCCCAGUCCACUGCCCAGUAUUGACUCAGACCAGGUAUUCUUAGCUUCUCCGGGCCUCACUUUCCCCAUCUGUAAAAUGAGAGUUAGACGAGCCGACCUCUGAGGCCCCUUCCAGUUGGAUCCCAGAUGCUAUGAAUAAGCCCUCAACGAGGCCCCAUCCACUGCCCAACGUUUAAAGCCCGGGUAUUCUAGUACUGGUAACAUUCCCGGGAAGGUCCCGCCCCCUGCCGAACGUUCGUAUCCACAGUGUUCUCUAUUCCUUGUAACAUUCCUGGGGAGACCCCGCCCCCUGCUGAACAUUUGUACCCGCGGUGUUCUAGUCCUCGUAACUUUCCCGGAGAGGCCCCGCCCUCUGCCGAACGUUUGUACCCCCAGUGUUCUAGUGCGGGUAAUAUUCCCGGGGGAGGCCCCGCCCUCUACUGAAAGUUCGUACCCCUGGCGCUCUCUCCCUCCAAACUUUCCCCCGACCCAGGAAGCCCAGGCCCACGGGAACGGUCGCUUCCGCCCGGUGGGCUGCCUCUGCUCGGCCGGUCUGAGCCCGGAUUUGCAUGUGCUCCGGAGUCGGCUGCCGGCUUCACCCCUCGGGCUCUCCUGUCAUUGGGGCGCGCGGGGGCGGCGGUGGAGGGACGUUUAUUUAUUGAUGCACAUGUGGGGUUAAAUUAAACACUGAAGAAAAACA